CACUUGUUUUGCUUUUGAUGGCGGGAGGCGAAUACUUCACACUCUCCUUUGCAAAAUGAUCCUCGACUCAAACGAAGGGACUACGUGUUUUAUGUUUUAUCAAACAACAUUUAUUGAAAUGUCUCAUUCCGAAAUAUUGAAACGUCACCAAUAACUACAGUAGUUCCUGUCCGGCUUCCUGACGUUAGCGAAGUCUUCCUUGUUUGAAAUGUGCCUUAAAGUUGGAUUAAUGAAUGUCAACAUGGAUAAUUCGAUGGCUGAAGACAACCCAAUGCUUUUACCCCUGAACAAGGAGAAAACAGUCUAUGAUGGAUUCAUUACAGUGCAGGAACAAGACUUUCGAAUGAGAAUUUUACUACCACCUGAUCGUCAGAUGAAACAGGCCAGGCUGCAUUGCUGUUGGCAGUUAAAACACCUGUUGCGUGGAUAUGAGCACAUAGUGAAGCAGAGGCUGCAGCAGUCGGCCGAGCUUGUCAGUUUCAUUCUGGAGCUGAAGACCGUCUUGGAAGUGUGUCUGAAGAACCGUCCUGAGUGCCGCUCCAUCCCGCCUCCUCAGUAUUACUCUCAGCUCAUCUCUGAGAUGGAGACCCUUGGGUGGGACAAGCUGCUCUCUAUAGACACAGAGUUUAGGACGGUGAAACUGAAGGCAGAGGACUCCUCUGGAAGGCAGCACGUCCUCACUAUUAAACUCAAGUCUAAGCAUCCUGCAGAGGCUCCUGAAUGCUCAGCUGACCUGCCCGUCCCUCUGGCCUUAACAUGGACACCACAGAGUACUCUGGAGCAGCUUCACACUCAGUUCCUGCUGGUUUUGGAGUCUCUGACAGAAUUCUGGGACGUCGUCGAUGAGAUUGACAGUAAAACCUGGAUCCUGGAGCCAGAGAAACCCAGCCGUUCUGACACCAUGAGGCGCAUUGCCAUCGGAAACAACGUAUCCAUCAAAGUGGAGGUGGAUCCCAGACAUCCCAAGAUGCUGCCAGAGUGCUGCCUGCUGGGGGCUGAGCAUGUGGUGACUCCGCUGAGGAAUAAGCUCAACGCCAACAUGCACUUGUGGAACCCGGACUCCAGCGUCUUGCACAACCUCCGGGAUGUUUUGGAGAUCGAAUUCCCGUCACCUGCCACCCACGAAAAAUCUAGCUUCAGCGUUGAGUGUGGAAUCUGCUACGCUUACCGUCUUGAAGCUGCGAUCCCUGAUCAAGUGUGUAAUGACCCUCGCUGUGGCCAGCCCUUCCACCAGCUCUGUCUGUAUGAGUGGCUGCGAGCGCUGCCCUCCAGCAGGCAGAGCUUCAACAUUGUUUUUGGAGAGUGUCCUUACUGCAGCAAGCCUAUAACUGUAAAAAUGGCGGCCCAGAAGUCCUGAGGCGCCACCUUGCCUUCCUUCUCAAAAAAAGGGAUUAAACUCGCUUUGACAAACUCCAAUAACCGUACCCAGGAAAAGGAAGACGCUCACAAAGAUGAGCCGAGACCACAGUCCCCCUCGCUGCACAGGAUCGGCCUCCUUUUUUGGACCUCGGCGAGCAGACGCUCCCUGUUCACCGUGGCCGUCUCGGUGCUCGCUAUCCCACCACUGUUGAUAGCUGUAGCCGUCUCUGUGGUUCAGCAGCCUUUCAUCGAAUCGCUCAUGAGAGUCCAUGUUUGAUUGAUCCUCCUUUUCACAUUCUGACUGUUUGUGUUUUCUCCUUUGUGGGCGGAGUUGUCGCUCUGAGGUCACAGUGAGGUCGUCUCCUUCCCAGCAGCUCCAGUUGGAUUUAGUUUCCUGUUGAAGAGGGUCAUUUAUGUGUUUGCUUCUUCUAACAACAAAAUCUCUGAACUAAAGUAAAUAAAGUGUGAAAAAU